GCUAUGCAAAGGUCUGCGGGCAAGCUGGUAACUCUACAGACUGAUGGCUGGACUGGUAUUAACUCUCAUCAUCUUGUCGCGUUUAUGAUGACAACCUCACCAAACCAUGAUGUUCACACUGUUGCGGUGAAGGAUGUGUCAUCUGACCGUUGCACUGCUGCACACCUCAAAAAUCUCAUUAUCAAUGUUAUAAGUAAGGUGAAGCCACAGUGGCAGGCAACGGUUGUUGCCGUCACAUCUGCCACUUUGGGGGAGUCAAGAGCUGCAAGGAAACAGUUGCUAGAGCAGUUUCCUUUGCUGGUAACACCCGACUGGUAUACUCAUCAGAUAAACCUUGUUGUCGGAGAUUAUCUCAAGGCCAACAACGCACCAACAUAUCUUUCUUAUACCAAGAAAGUGACUGAGCUGAUCACUUGGCUCCAGAACCACUCUCAGGUCACGGCUCUCCUCCAGCGUAUUCAGGAGCAACUUAACCAGAUGUGUGCAGCUCUGGAGAGGAUUUUGUCUGUUAUCAGAGCUGUUCUCACUUGUUGGACUGCUCACUAUCUUGUUUUUUGUUGGCUUCUCAGACUCAGGUCUCCCUUGUUUCAGCUCGCAGAACAAUCCUCAGGGUGGAUGCUGGCACAGGGUGCUGCAAAGGCAAAAGCUCAGGAAAUGGUGAACCUGAUUAAGGAUAAAAAACUGUGGGAGGUCUUAGAGAUGGAACCUCUUAUGUAUGCUGCCAACUUCUCGCAGACUACUCAUACCCACCUUGAUAAAAUUCUUCUUGUUUUUGGCUAUCUUCACUUCAAGUAUACCAACAUGCCUCUUCAGGCAAUCAGUGAUGGUGAGCAGUCUAGUCUUUUGGGCUUGGUCAUCAAGAGCCUGGAGAGACACUGGGCAAAAUGUGACCAGCAAGUAUUUAUCUCUGCUGUCAUUCUCAACUCCAUCUAUAAGCUGACACCCUUUGCUAAAUCUCCAUCAUUCCUCCCUGCCAAUAUCUUCGAGCUUAUGUGCCUACUCUAUGAGUGCUUCUUUGGUUCAACAACUCCUGCUAGCCUCUAUGACGAGCUCAACAGCUAC